GAAAUGCUAGAUCUAGUGAUAUCACCCAGCCUGACUGUAAAUAGAGAGUGCCCUGACAGACUGAAGCUUAACCUUUCUAACGUUUAUGCCACAGCUCCAGAUGACAUAGAAGGUAGGUCAAAGCAAGUUUUUCAUAGGGAGUUUGAAGGUGAGCCAGGCAGCAGCAAAGCAGCACCACAGUGUCCUCUCCAUCUGUACUCCACCAAACAUUAUCCCCACAUAGUGGCAGUUCCAUCCUUCCCAACAAUGGCAACCUAUGGACAGACUCAGUACAGCACAGGGAUCCAGCAGGCUGCUGCGUAUACUGCCUACCCUCCUCCAGGGCAGCCCUAUGGCAUCCCCUCCUACAGCAUCAAAACAGAGGACAGCCUGAGCCACUCCCCAGGGCAGAGUGGGUUUCUCAGCUACGGAUCCAGCUUCAGUGCCCCAGCAGCCGGGCAAGCGCCCUACACGUACCAGAUGCACGGCACAACAGGGAUUUACCAGGGAGCCAAUGGCCUGACAAAUUCUGCAGGAUUUAGUGCUGUGCAUCAGGAAUAUUCCUCGUAUCCAAGCUUUCCUCAAAGCCAGUACUCACAGUAUUACAGCUCCUCCUACAACUCUCCAUACGUGUCUGCAAACAGCAUCAGCCCCUCAGCCAUCCCAACCUCCACUUACUCUCUGCAGGAGCCUUCUCACAAUAUCAGCAGCCAGAGCACAGAAUCACUCUCUGGGGAAUAUUCAACAACACCAGCAAAAGACAUUGAGACAGACAGACACCACAGAGGGACAGACGGCAAGGUCCGAGCCCGCUCAAAGAGAAGCAACGAUCCUUCCCCUGCUGCUGACAGUGAGAUAGAGCGUGUGUUCGUGUGGGAUCUGGAUGAGACGAUCAUUAUCUUCCACUCCUUGCUCACGGGAACCUUUGCAUCCAGAUAUGGGAAGGACACCACAACAUCGGUGAGGAUAGGGCUGAUGAUGGAGGAGAUGAUCUUCAACCUUGCAGACACACAUCUGUUCUUUAAUGACCUGGAGGACUGUGACCAGAUCCACAUAGAUGAUGUAUCCUCAGAUGAUAACGGCCAGGAUCUAAGCACGUACAACUUCUCUGCGGAUGGCUUCCACAGCUCCAGCGCCAGCGCCAGCCUGUGCCUGGGCUCGGGCGUUCACGGCGGCGUGGACUGGAUGCGGAAGCUGGCGUUCCGCUACCGGCGCGUCAAGGAGCUCUACAACACCUACAGGAACAACGUGGGGGGUUUAAUAGGAGCUCCUAAGAGGGAAACCUGGCUGCAGCUGAGAGCAGAACUUGAAGCACUGACUGAUCUCUGGCUCACACACGCUCUGAAGGCGCUGAAUUUGAUACACUCCCGGCCUAACUGUGUGAAUGUGUUGGUCACAACAACUCAGCUUAUACCAGCUCUGGCCAAAGUGCUUCUCUAUGGACUGGGCACUGUUUUCCCCAUUGAGAACAUCUACAGUGCAACAAAAACAGGGAAGGAGAGCUGCUUUGAAAGGAUAAUGCAGAGGUUUGGGAGGAAAGCCGUGUACAUUGUAAUAGGAGAUGGUGUGGAAGAGGAACAGGGAGCAAAAAAGCACAACAUGCCAUUCUGGAGAAUCUCCUGCCAUGCUGACCUGGAAGCUCUUCGGCACGCCUUGGAACUUGAAUAUUUGUAG